GUUUACCGGGCUGGAGCGGCGAGUGGCAGCGCACGGCCGGCUCGCGGGGAGGGCUCCUUCCCGCUUCCCUCUUGACACCGGGCCAGCCCCAGCGGAGCUGCCGGCCCCGAGUGCCAGGAUCCGAUUUCUGCUGUCUGCUGGCGCGAGGGGGAAAGCCCUCCUAUAUAGACCUGCGGGGCGGCCGCGCUCGCAGUCGCGAGUGGAGCGGCUGCAGCGUGGGCAGCCAUGGGGGAGCUGCCGCUGGCUCUCCUGGCUCUCGCUGCCCUUCGCUGCGCCGGGGCGCCAGAGUCCCUGGAGAACGACUCGGAGCCGGGCAAGAGCGGCACACCAGGGAAGCCCUGGAAAGCAGCCCCCAGCCUGGCGGACCUCGACCUGGACACGGCAGGUGGAGGGGCCGAGUGGACGUCCUGGUUCAACAUCGACCACCCUGGGGGGGACGGGGACUACGAGAGCCUGGAGGCCAUUCGCUUCUACUACCGUGGGCGCGUGUGCGAGCGGCCCGUGGCCAUCCAGGCCCGCACCACCGAGUGGGAGCUGCCCGAGGACGUGGGUGAAGUCGUGCACUUCAGCCCCAAGAAGGGCUUUCGGUGUGUCAACAAGGAGCAGCCGCAGGGCAAGACCUGCUCCAACUACCACAUCCGCUUCCUCUGCCCGCUGGAGCAUAUCUACUGGUCGCACUGGUCCUCCUGGAGCCCCUGCUCACGGAGCGCCUGCGGCAGCAGCGGCACCCAGACCCGCCAGCGCCGCUGCGUCAACGCGCAGGUGGUGGCUGCGCUGAAGGAGCUCAAGUGCAAGGGCAAGGCGGUGGAGCGGCGGGCGUGCAGCGCUGGCCCCUGCCCAGAGCCGACAUGGACGGAGUGGGGCGCGUGGGGGCCCUGCUCCCGCAGCUGCGGCAGCACCGGGACACGCGUCCGCCGCCGGAGCUGCAAGAACGCCAAGAAGCUGCUGUGCGCCGGGCGCCCCGCCGAGGUGCAGAAGUGCCCCCCCUCGCCCUGCCCAGCCUGCCCUGAGCACACCCUGCAGGGCACCGUCGUCUCCGCCACCGGUGCAGCGCUGCCCGGUGCCCGCAUCUACCUGGAAGGCCGACCGCCGGUGCUGGUGGCCCGCAGUGACACGCGUGGCAGCUUCCACGUGGCUGGGGUGUGUGAGGGCACCGCCGCCAACAUCAGCGCCCACCGUGACGGCUUCGUCCCGGGACUGGCACCCAUCACCUCCAACGGCUCCGGCGUGUCGGUGGCACACGUGAUGCUGCAGAAGCUGGAGAAGCCCUACAUGGUGCUGCACCCCAAGCCGAAGGUGCGGGUGGCCGGGCAGGAGGUGACCUUCUGCUGCAAAGCCUCGGGCACCCCCAUGCCUAAGAAGUACUACUGGUACCACAACGGGACGCUGCUGGACAGGAAGGUGCACAAGUACGGCAGCCGCCUGGAGCUGCAGGCGCUGGUGCCGGCGCAGGCUGGCACCUACCACUGCAAGGCCAGCACCGAGGCGGGCGCCAUCAGGUCGGCACCGGCGCAGCUCACCGUGCUGGCCCAGGGCCAGCAGAGCUGCAACCCAAAGCCGGAGCCCAGCCUCAUCGAGCUGCCCGCCGAGUGCCGGCAGGACGCCAAGGGCUCUCGGUACUACGACGUGGGGCACUGCCCGCCGGCACCGUGCGCCGGCAGCCCGGCUGAUGGGAAGCGGUGCGGGGCGGGCGCGCGGCGCUGCUGCGGCGUGCGGCGCAUGGAGGUGCGGGAGAUCCAUUGCGGCGGCUCUGUCCUGCCCAUCAAGGUGGUGGCCAAGUGCGGCUGCGGGCCCUGUGCCCAGCCCCGCGUCCUGGUGCAGGGACGGGUGAUGGCGGCCGACACCGGCGAGCCCCUGCGCUUCGGGCAGAUCUUCCUGGGGAGGAAGAAGAUCGGCUUCACUGGCUACCAGGGCUCCUUCACCAUCGAGGUGCCGCCGGACACGCAGCGCCUGGUGGCCCGCUUCGUGGACCGGCAGCAACGCUUCGUGGACACCAUCAAGGUCCUGCCCUUCAACAGCCGGGGCGGUGCGGUCUACCAGGAGGUCAAGAUGAUGCGGAAGAAGGAGCCAGUGGAGCUGGAUGCCGGCCGGACCAACGCCAUCCCUCUGGGUGAGGUGAGCGGCCAGGAGCCCGUUGGGGAGCUCGUCAUUCCCGCCGGCGCCUUCCUCCGUCCCUCCGGGGAGGUUUUCAGCGGCACCGUCAAAGCCAGCGUCACCUUCCUGGACCCCAGGGAUAUCGCCACGGCCGGCGCUGCCUCCAGCGACCUGAGCUUCGCCAACGCUGAGGGGGAGAUCGUCCCCCUGCGGACCUACGGCAUGUUUGCCGUGGACUUUCGGGAAGGGGAUUCGGGUGAGGCGCUGCAGACGGGGCCAGUGGAGGUGCGGAUGGACGCGGGGCAGAUCUGGAUGCCGGAGCACCUGAAGAAGAUGAAGCUGUGGUCCUUGAACCCCGAGACCGGCUUGUGGGAGGAGGAGGGCGUCUUCCGCCCGGCCAAGGAGAGGCGCGGGAAGAGGGAGGAGAGGACCUUCCUCGUGGGGAACAUGGAGAUCCGCGAGCGGCGCCUCUUCAACCUGGACGUGCCAGAGGACCGCCGCUGCUUCGUCAAGGUCAGGGCUUACAGCAACGAGAAGUUCAACCCCUACGAGCAGCUGGAGGGGGUGGUCAUCAGCCUCAUCAACCUGGAGCCCCAGCCCGGCUUCCCCGCCAACCCGCGGGCCUGGGGCCGCUUCGACAGCGUGGUCACUGGCCCCAACGGCGCCUGCCUGCCCGCCUUCUGCGAUGCCCGGCGCCCCGACGCCUACUCGGCGUAUCUGACCGCCACGCUGGGCGGUGAGGAGCUGGAGGCCGUGGCCUCCAGCCCCAAGCUCAACCCCAGCGCCGUGGGGGUGUCCCAGCCCUACCUGAACAAGCUGGGCUACCGCCGGCUGGACCACGAUGACCCCAGCUUCAAGAAGACGGCCUUCCAGAUCAACGUGGCCAAGCCCGACCCCAACAACAUCGACGAGACCAACGGCCCCGUCUACCCCUACCGCAGCCUCAGGGAGUGCGAGGAGGCACCGGUGAGCGCCAACCACUUCCGAUUCUACCGCGUGGAGGUGGACAAGUACGAGUACAACGUGGUGCCCUUCAAGGAGAGUGACCUGACCUCCUGGACCGGCGACUACCUGGCGUGGUGGCCCAACCCGCAGGAGUUCAGGGCGUGCUUCAUCAAGGUGCGGAUCGAGGGGCCGCAGGAGUACAUGGUGAGGUCCCGCAACGUGGGGGGCAGCCACCCCCGCACCCGGGGGCAGCUCUACGGGCUGCGCGACACCCGCAGCGUGCGGGACGCCCUGCUGGAGAACAGCUCGGGAGCCUGCGUGGAGUUCAAGUGCAGCGGGAUGCUCUACGACCAGAGCCUGGUGGACCGCACCUUGGUCUCCAUCAUCCCCCAGGGCAGCUGCCGCCGCACGGCCGUCAACGGCCUCCUGAGGGACUACCUGGCCCGGCACCCGCCGGUGGCCGACACCGACAACACGGCCGCCUUCACCAUGCUGGCGCCGGUUGACCCGCUGGGGCACAACUACGGCAUCUACACGGUGACGGACCAGAACCCGCGCCUGGCCAAGGAGAUCGCCAUCGGCCGCUGCUUUGACGGCACCUCGGAUGGCUUCUCAAGGGAGAUGAAGUCGGACGCGGGCACCGCUGUCACCUUCACCUGCCAGGAGCGGCCGGCGGGGCGCGAGAGCUUCUUCCAGCGCCUGCUCACUUCGCCGGCCGAGGCACUGGAUGAGAUCCGGCGCGAGAUGGGGGCCGGCGAGAUGCGCCGGGCCCCCCCCGAGGUGCUGGACUUUGCCUCCGGCGUGCGAGCCCUGAGCCCCACGCCGACCCGCCGGACCCCCAGCAGCCGGCGGAGGAUGGGCCGGACCCGGGCGCAGCAGUGAGCGCCGCAGCGUCCCUGCGCCCCCCCGCCAGCCCUCCACUCUCCCCCUCGCUUUUACCCGCGCUCAUUUAUAACGACCGAUGGGGGGGGGGGGGGGGGAUAGGGGGGACGCGGAGGUGCAAAGGGACAAAGGGACACGUCUGGUGGGGACUGUGCUGUGUCCCCCCACCCUGAACAAGGGACACUUUUUCCAAGGGGGAGGCACCCCCGUGUCUGAGCCCAGCUCCCCCCCCCCCCCGGGUGCUGUCCCCUGCCCUCACCCCCAGCCCCGUGCGGGGCAGCUCGUGGUGCUCACCCCUGGCCCCGGCCGCAGGAUGCGGCCCCUCGGGGGUUAUUUAAAAAUAAAGUGAAAAAAUGCGGGGGGAGGGGGGGGGAACGCAAACAGGGGAGAGGGCUCAUUGGGGAAGGGGUACCGCGUACCGGGGAUUGGUGACUGGGUGGCACCUGGGGGUCCUCCUGCCACCACGGGGGCCGGGGGAAGUCUUGGUCCUGGCUAGAUGCAGCAGCCCUUUGGGGCAGGAUAACGAAAUAUGGGGUUUCUUUUUGGGGAAAAAAGCAAGGGUUUGGAUUAAAAGCCCUUUUCUCCCUCCCACACCAGGUGGUAGAGGCUUGGGUGCAGGCAGCAUGCUGGGGACCCCGGGCUCAGACCCCGCAGCUUCCACCCAAGCUCAGCACAGAGCCUGCCUGGGCCUGAUCCUGCACCCGACAAACCGGGAUCCUUUGCCCUCAGGGUGUGCAUUUUGCCCCAAAUUCCUUUUCCCCAGGCAAAACCAAAGCCCCUUCUUCCAACCCCCCACCCCCUUCCUUGCCGCCAGCCCCCGCGGGCAGAGCUGGGGCUGCUCAGCGCACGGUGGAGGGGGGGAGGAGAUGACGGCAGGAUGCGGCCCCGGGCACGCCAACAAUUUGUACAUUAUUUAUUAUGAAAUAUACGGUUGUGUUUACACCCA